AUGCACAGACGAUGGUGUAGUCUGCCAUUGCCACGCAUCACUGAUGAUCACUAUGAUCAUGAUGACAUCAAUCAUACGAGGAUAAAGUCAACAAUCAAAGGUUCAAAGCUGCAUGCCAAUGGUGAUCUCAAUCAGAUGUUGAGAUUCAAUGCCACUCAGAUGUUCAUCAAGACAUUUGACAGCGUCGCCCAACACUACCCUUUUGACUACGCACUGUUGUCUGAAGCGGUAAUCCAUAACAACACUACAGUGUUCAGACAUCUUUGCAAGCAUCCUAAGAUGCUCCAGUACUACUUUAACAUCACAGGUCCGAGGAAGUUGCCCAAGGAUAACAUGGCCCUGCUCCCCAUUGCCGUCGACACUGGUAACGAACAUGUUGUUCGUCUGCUGCUCCAUCAUCUCAACAUUGUAGACCAUAGUCUUGAGGACUUCAAGAAGUUCAAAAGACCUGGCGUCAGUGUUGGCAUUCUCAGAGUUCUGCACGAGGAGUUCAACUGUCUGUUUAGGUUCAAGAUUCUCUGGCAAAAGGCACUCACCCAUUCGGUCAAGUGCAACAUGAUUGACAGUGUACAAUACAUCAUCGACAACAUGCCGUGGCCCGAACCAUAUCCAAGUGCAUAUGAUCAACUUAUGUAUACGUGUCUCGAUCGUUGUGCGAAAGCAUGCAACAUCGACAUGUUACAACUGCUAUACAAGUCACACAGUAUCGGCCAAUUCAUCAAGGACUCUAAACUACGACUCAUUACACAUGCGAUUGACUAUGGCCAUCAAUCAUUCGUCGAUCAUCUUACCCAAAUUGUAGGCUUGGGCACCAAGUCUAUAUUCUACAUCACACCAAUGUCUGCUAUCCGCAAUGAUGACAUUGUUGGAGCCGAGUCGCUACAGGGCAUGCAGAAAUAUGAUGUCUCAGUGAGUGAGAGGUUGUUCCGACGCAUGUCGAGGGCGAUGGCAGAGUACUUGGUCAGUCCGCAAAGCAAGAUAAGAUUGGACAGCAACAGUCUGAUCAACAUGAGCGAGGCCGUGGGCAAGCCCGGCAGCCACAUCACCGCUGACUUGGUUAUCCAAUUCAUAGCCAAUCAUACUUCACCAAACGACACAUUCAUGGAGGAAGUGAUGCUGUCCGCAGCUGGGUACUCGGCCGAAGUACUAAGACAUAUUGUUCUUCGUUUCCCCUUCUAUUUCGAAAACGAACAUUUGAUCAAGGCGUUGGAUCAUGGGUGUCAAGAGACUAUUGUAUAUAUCAUUCAGACUAUGAAGUUGAAUCCGAAUGCAGAUGAUAAAUACAAGCUCGAGAAGAGUGCGCUUAGAUAUUUGUCCGCUGGAUCAUUGGAGAUAAUCACAAUCAUGCUGGAUCGCAUUAAGUUUGUCAGAACGAACACACACAUCUUUUUGUAUGCCAUGAUGAAUGAAGAUCCGAAAGUGUUUGAACAUGUCAUCAACCUGUGCACUCUGGAUCAAUUAGACAACUCGAUAUUGGAACUUAUCAUCAAUCAAUCCUUCCAAUGUAAUAAGCCAAACAAUUUGAAACUGCUCCAGGAUAGGUUUGGACAUGAACACAUCCAGCCCAUAAUCCCAUCACUCAAGCUACUUCACCAUAUGGCCGAACUCAAUGCCUAUCAUUCAUUGGAGCAUCACUUCAACACAUCAUCGACAUUCACCAACAUGCCAAUCACUCAUCGAUUGCGAAUCAUCUACUCAACCAUGAAUGCUGGUUAUAAACAUGGUAUGACUCGAGUGAUCAAGUUGUGCGCUGAUCUUAUCAAGUCAAUCAAUCAUUCAUUCAAUCAACUGAAACAAGUUGACAAUGUAUGCACUGUAACAUGUUCACGACAGGUGGAAACAGCAGUGCACUUUGUGUUGGGUGACAUGAAGCUUGGUAUGCUCAUCAUGGAGCAGGUUGGAGUGGUUCACAAGUCACUUGGUGUUGAGGCAAAGCAUGUGAUCAAGGGUGCACAGUUAAUGGAUCGACAUUGUUUGAAUGAUUACAUCAAGUAUGGCGCAACUGAAUGGUUCCUCAAGGCAUACUCCCCAUCGUUGUUCUCCAACACAUACCUCUGCAAUACAACAUUGUUGGAGACAGCCUUGGAGAGAUGUGAACCAAGAGUGGUAAAUGUACUGUUGGCCAAUCCCAUCAUGACAGUCCGAGACAUCCCAAAACUCAAUAUGCGCUUCAUCUCAAAAGUUUCGUCAUGCUCACAUCCUGACUGGGAGAUGAUGUUUGAUCAAUACAUUUUGAUCACAUGUCAAGGUGACACACUGGAGUUUGAAGAUGAUGCUGGCGUGUUGUCUUGCGUCCAACAUCCAUCAUUCCUUCGCAAGCUCAUCGAAUGUGAUGUCAAGCUGAAAACCAUUGGAAAGUCAUCAUAUGAGUUGGACAAUAUCGCUCAAGGUUGGCUGACCAAGCCAUGGGCUAUGGAUAUGUUCCUUCUUCUUAUUCAACAUAGUCUCAUUUCACCUGACCUACAUUAUAAUUUAUAUAUUAUGGCAAUCGAUCACGGAGUCACAUCGAUCUUCAACUAUUAUUCAGAGAAAGCACUAGUUGGCUUGUUGAACAAAAGUAUUGGCUCAAAGGCUGCAAUGGAUAUCAUGGAGCACUGUUGUAUACAUGGAAGACUGGAAUACCUGGUGUCUGUCCUCCCAAUGAUCAACGAGAGGUUUCCAAUCAAUCACACUUCAUCAUUCUCAGUGGUUAGUUCAGCAUUGGUUGGUGGGCAUAUGGAUAUUGUCAACUUCAUCCUGGACAAUCUAUCAUCCUCUUCUUCAUCGACAAAGGAUGGAAUGCAUUUGGUGAACAAGAUCCACUAUAAUAUCAUGUCAGUUGAGUUGAUUGAUCGACUGAUGGCACAUCCUCACAUUACAUGCAAGUUGGCCAAUGUGAUGGGCGCGGCUGUUAGGUUUGGAAACAAGCCAGUGAUCAGAAAGAUGAUGGACCUGCACAGCAACAAGAUAGUUUGCACUGAUUACAGAUAUGCACUUGAUAUGGCAAUGAGAGUCCUUAGACUAGAACACUACAAGCUCUCUGAGGAGGUGUUCCUCGAGAUUACCAACAACAUUCAAAAGGGUAAGACUUACAUGCCCUCAUUGAUAUUGUCCAAACUAUUGGGUAUUGCAUCAAAAAAGUCACUGGCCGCCAUCAAGAUGGUCAUGGAUUACUAUUCAAGAAUCGGAAUCGAUGAGAUCAACAAACUUGGCAUAUCAAACUUCAGUUCAUACAUUAGUAAUAGCAUCCACCGUGAUGAUAUCGAGUCAGUGGAGUAUCUGAUCAAACUUGCCAAAGUGGAGACCAAUGAUCAAUACUACCAACUAAUAGAAUUUGGACCUCUCAGCAACGCAUCAAUACUUUCACAUUGUUAUGACAGAGGAUACAUUAGUGUUGAUGACAAAUCUGAAGCACUGCUACAAAUGGUGGAUAACGCCUGUUGUCAAGGAUACUUGGACAUCAUCAAAGUAGUUCAUCAGCGAUGCAUCACUCCCGCUCAACUCCUCAGACACCUCCCAUCAUACCUGGCCAUCAUCAAAGCAUCACUCAGCAACCAUCACAUGAUGUUAAGCUAUUUGUUUGAAGGUGAUCAAGUGGAUGGUGUAUCAUCAUUCGAACGAGCACAGGUCAAGUUCAACAUGAUCAGAUUGCUACACACAGUUCGUCAUCACGCUUAUGGACCUGGCAACCUAAAGAUCAUAGCAAUGUGUGAUCGAUUGUUAUCAAGAGCACUGUCAUUGCCUCGCUCUCCGUCACCAAUUGAACAAUAUGUAGGAGUGAAGAGGACUCUUGAGACUGAUGAGCCAGCCAUAUCCCCGCCACAUAAGUCCUCCAAGCAUUCCCAUAAAUUAUGA